AUGGACGAUGAGAUCAAGAGGUUUAUCCCCAAGAAGGACUAUAACACUGCUGAUGAGCUUAAAGCUGAGUGGAUUUAUGCCCUUUGUCAUGGGAACUUUCGCUCCUCUAUCGUCCUUGCAGUCAUGGGUAUCGUCAGUGAUGCUGUGGCUUUUAGCAAGAAAGAUGGGACUCAAAUACAUCGGGAGGAAUGCGACCUCUGGGCUCCCGAAACGGUACCUGAACCACUCACCACGGCUGCGUGCCUCAGAAAAUUGACAACGUUCAGGCUGAUCCGAACCGGGGAGUGA